AUGAGCUCCAAUGUCAAACCAACAAAGUCCAAUAACUUGACCGUACCUAGAUCUCAGCAUUCCUACUCCACAUCGCUAUCGUCAAAUGUAUCACCACAAUACUUUUUCAACAGUAACAGUAACAGUAACAACAACAACAACAACAAUAACAACAGUAUAUCCAAGACUAAUUCGAGAACAGGAGCAGCUAGCGGAUAUAGAUUAUCCAGAAGUAAUACCAAUACCACAUCGGAUGUAUACCUUGCCAACCUCGACAACCAGAGUCUUCAGAGUAUAGAUCAAAUCCCUAGUGCCAAACCAAGUGUAACCUAUCUGGAUAAGCUAUGGACACAAAUUGAUGUUUUGGAUGAUGUCAAACGGUUGGCAGAGGACGCAAAGGUUAAUGACACUCUUUUCAAUGAGAAAUAUAUUCAACAAUUGGCCAAGUUGAAGGAACUGCAGGAUCAACUACUACAAACAAUGUCUGCCCUUCAAAUUGAGGAUACAAAUACCAAUGAAGUACAAAAACAACAAUUGUAUCAGUUAAAGACGGCGGAGAUGGAGACCAAAGGCGAAGACGUUCAUGGGGACACCACAAAAUUAUCUGAUAGUGGAAAUCAUACUCACAACGAAGAUGUCAAAGAGGGUGCAGAGCAUGACAAUGGAGAAGGAAAUUCGCCUUCAAGCAAAAAUUUAAAAUUAUCCGCAGAAGAGCAAGACAAAGUUGACAAGUUUUUUGCCAUCAAUGAUGAAGAUUAUGACUCCGAAGAUGAAGCUGAUUUCCAAAGCCAAACAAUCUAUAGCAAGGAAGUGUUUGAUGAGAUCAACAGGUAUGUCCAACAAGUUAAAGAAGAUUUACGUGGGUUGGGUACUGCAAUGAAGGAGUGUAGUAGUAGUAAUCAGGACACAACUUGA